AAUAUUUGUCGGCGCAGGGCUCUGGUUCUAAAUUACAAGAAGAAAUACAAUUUAUUUGAAUUAGUUUUAACAAGUAAUAAAUGCAGAAAAAUGAUUUAAUUUGGACCGUUUAUUCAGUUUGCUGUUAAAAAAGACUGUCAAAUAAUUGAACAAUAAUUAUUCAAAUAAAAAACUUAAAGUGAAACGUUUUAAACAAAAAUCGAUACAGUAGUACAGUAUUUAGUAUAAAUUAAAAAAAUGAAUAUCCAUCCGCCAAGGGGUACACUAGCCAGAGCUAUAUACGCAAAGUUUCACAAUGAUUUUUAUUUGGAUAAAUACGACACUCGAUUGUGGUAUAGUAUUAACACAGACCAUCCAUUUGCUUAUCAUAGCUCAUUUGUGCCCUUAGAAGAACCCGAUGAUAUUACUUUACAAUGGUUGGAGAAAGCUAAAGAUAGUUCUACUAACAUAUGGUUACACUUGUGGCAUGCUUUUGCACGUAUUGCUCUACAACUAUUUAUGACUCAAACGGAUAUUAAUGGUUUUUUGAAAAGAGGUUCAAUGUUUAUUUUAUCGGAACAACAAUUUGCUCUACUGCUAAAGGAGGGUGGCUUCGAUAGUGGACGACACGAAAGGGUACGAUUUGUUGAUAUUGGAGCGGGUGAUGGUGAAAUAUCGGCUGUUCUACUUAAAGCCCUUAAAAUUUCAAAUGCCGAUGUAAUAGUAGAUCCUUUUGCUACAGAAGCUAGCUGGACAAUGCGUGAACGCUUAAAGAAACGUAACUUUAGUGUGCUAGAGCGUUUAGAUGAAGUAAACAAUGUUCAACUGGUGUCAUGUUUAAACGUUUUGGAUCGCUGUAUCGAUCCCAUACAACUUCUUGAAGACAUAUAUAACAUUUUAGCCCCGAAUGGACGUUCUAUUAUAGCUUUAGUACUACCUUACAUGCACUAUGUGGAAUGCAAUUCCUCUCAUAUGCCUAUACGUCCAUUGAUGUCACAUUGGCCCGAUAAAGCCAAACAAUAUUCCUUUGAAUCGGAGGCUGCCAUAUUCUUUCGAGUUUUAGAAAAUAUAGGCUUUCAGGUGGAAUCCUGGACAAAAGCUCCCUAUCUAUGCGAAGGUGACCUAAGACAAUCUUAUUAUUGGUUAAUCGAUUUAGUAGUAGUGGUCUCAAAAAAGUCCUAGCUACAUUUUUAAAAGCAACUGAGUGUGUGUACUAAACGAAUUUAACGCACAACCUAAACAAACCUAAAUACUACAUACAAGUAAAACAAAUCUACAUACUUUAUUUCGAUAUAGAUACUAUUACUAUAAUUCUUAUUAAAUAUAUAGUUAGUUAUAUUUUUAUCUUUAUUAUUUGAUAUUCUUAUAUUGAAUGGCAUUUAAAUGUUACUUAACUGAAUUUACAUACACAUACUUACAAUGAUAAUGAUAAAAGUAAUUAAAUCCUA